AUGGAUCUAGACCUUGCGCUUCAAAUUGAGAAACCCACUCCUCUUACGAAAGAAAGUUCACCUGAUGAAAAGAGAAACUCUAAAAAAUGGGAUCUCUCAAAUCGCAAAAAUCUAAUGAUCAUUAAGCGCGGCAUUUCGAAAGCAUUUAGAGGUGUAGUAUCCAAAGGGAUAACUAAAGCCAAGGAGUUCCUCGCCAAAAUUAAGAAACAUUUUAUGAAAAACGAUAAAGCUGAAACAAGCAUGCUUUUGCAAAGCUUGAUUUCAAUGAAGUAUAAAGGCAAUGGGAACAUAAGGGAGUACAUCAUGGAGAAGUCUCACAUUGCUUCUAAACUUUAA